AUGGCUCGUCAUGGAAAAGGCCCAAAAACUAACAAGAAAAAGCUGGCUCCUGAAAAGGAAAGAUUUAUACAAUGUUGUGCUGAUAUUACAUUAGAGUUAACAGAUUCUUUAACCUCGGGAACAACGAGAGAGAUUAAUUUAAACGGUUUGAUUACGAAGUAUUCGAAGAAAUAUAAACUAAAGCAACAACCAAGGUUAACCGAUAUUAUUAAUUCUAUUCCAGACCAAUACAAAAAAUAUUUAUUGCCCAAAUUAAAGGCUAAGCCGGUAAGGACAGCGUCGGGUAUUGCAGUCGUAGCUGUUAUGUGUAAGCCACAUCGUUGUCCUCAUAUUGCAUAUACAGGUAAUAUUUGUGUUUAUUGUCCGGGUGGUCCAGAUUCUGAUUUUGAGUAUUCUACACAAUCUUACACCGGUUAUGAACCAACUUCAAUGCGUGCCAUCAGGGCUCGUUAUGAUCCUUAUGAGCAAGCGCGUGGAAGAGUGGAACAACUAAAACAGCUAGGUCAUUCCAUCGAUAAGGUCGAAUAUGUUCUGAUGGGUGGUACAUUUAUGUCAUUACCGAAAGAGUACCGUGAAGAUUUUAUUGUCAAAUUGCAUAAUGCACUUUCUGGGUUCAAUGGUAAUGAUAUCGAUGAAGCCAUUCUUUAUUCACAACAAAGUUUAACAAAGUGUGUUGGUAUAACCAUUGAAACUAGGCCAGAUUAUUGUACCCAAACACAUUUGGACGAUAUGUUGAAAUAUGGUUGUACCAGACUAGAAAUUGGUGUUCAGUCGUUGUACGAAGACGUUGCUCGUGAUACUAAUAGAGGACACACUGUUAGAUCUGUUUGUGAAACUUUUGCUGUGUCCAAGGAUGCCGGUUAUAAGGUUGUCUCUCACAUGAUGCCAGAUUUACCAAAUGUCGGGAUGGAAAGAGAUAUUGAACAGUUUAAAGAGUAUUUUGAAAAUCCCGAUUUUAGGACUGAUGGGUUGAAAAUUUAUCCAACUCUAGUCAUUAGGGGUACAGGUCUAUACGAACUUUGGAAGACGGGCAGGUAUAAGUCAUAUAGUGCUAACGCCCUAGUGGACUUAGUUGCUAGAAUCCUCGCUCUAGUGCCCCCAUGGACAAGAAUCUACCGUGUCCAAAGAGAUAUCCCUAUGCCCUUAGUUACCUCAGGUGUUGACAAUGGUAACUUGAGAGAACUGGCAUUAGCCAGAAUGAAGGAUCUGGGUACAACUUGUAGGGAUGUUCGUACAAGGGAAGUAGGUAUCCAAGAAGUGCAUCAUAAAGUUCAACCAGACCAAGUGGAGCUAAUUAGAAGAGACUACUAUGCUAACGGUGGUUGGGAAACCUUUUUAUCAUACGAAGAUCCAAAGAAGGACAUAUUGAUUGGUUUACUGAGAUUGAGAAAAGCUUCCAAGAAAUAUACAUAUAGAAAAGAAUUCACUUCCCAGAGGACUUCUAUUGUCAGAGAAUUGCAUGUUUAUGGUUCUGUGGUUCCUCUUCAUUCAAGGGAUCCUCGUAAAUUCCAGCACCAAGGGUUCGGUACUCUAUUAAUGGAGGAAGCGGAAAGAAUCGCCAAAGAAGAACAUGGUUCAGAGAAAAUUUCUGUUAUUUCUGGUGUCGGUGUAAGAAAUUACUAUGGUAAAUUAGGGUAUGAAUUAGAUGGCCCAUACAUGUCGAAGAAAAUUUAA